UACACGCAUCUCGUUUCAGCCUGACUUAGUCCUUCGUUCUCUACCUGAAAGGUGCUCUCUGCUCUUGCUCUUGCUGUCUGUUUCUGCCAGCAUCUCGUUUCCCUUAUUUCGUUCUUUGCUCGUCUCCCUCCUCAACACCACCACCACCACCUCAUCCUACUCGAUGUACCUCCCCCUUCAAAACCGACAAGAAGCCUCCCCCUUCGUCUCCCCCAACCCUCCCGCGUCCAACCCCUCCGGCACCCCCUCCGACCCAAUAACGACAGACGUGAUCAUCGGGUUCGGCAUCGCUGGUGCCGUGCUGGUCGGAUUGCUGUUAGUGCUUGGAGUGAGGCAGUGGAGGAGGAACAAGAGGGAGAGGGAGAGGAGGAAGGCGAGAGCAGAGGGGAGAAUCUUACCCCCACCGCAGCCUUCCUGGUGGGACAAACACUGGAGGAAGACGCAGCCUAAACCGCUCAGUCCGAGAAGUGACGAUUCAGUCAAACAGCCUCUGACCGCUCAUACGAGAAACAACUCUUCCCUCUCGAUCCCGACACAUAACCGGAACACUUCGCUCGACUCUUCCUUUGCCGGUCCCAAGCUGACCGUAGACCAUUCAUUUAAAGGGCACUUACAGGCUGUCACUCUUUCCCCCGUGGCGGAAGGGGGAUGGGACGGGGAACGGGAGCCGCAUAAGCUGAGAAAGCCGAGGAGCCCACGCAGUCCUACCUCGGGAGAGGGAAGACAAGCAAACAGAGUAAGACCUACCCUGCCUUCUAUCCCUCCCGAACCGGUCGCACUGCCCACUCCGCUCCCUCCCUCACCGGAGAAACCUACCGACUCCUCUUCCUCCUCAGCUGUGGUGAGAGGCCCGACCCCGGAGUUCGACCCCGUUGCGCACCGCUCGCAUAUGCAUAGGUUCUCGAGGAUAUUCGCCCUCCCACCGGUGGUGCCAACGGAGGUGCUGCCGCUGCCUAUCCCGCCGGUGAUACUGCAACAACAGCAGUACCGGUUCCCCCAGCCUCCUCCACCAGCACAAGCACACACGCAAACGCAAGACGCACGGCAACGGCAACUGCAACUCCAGCCCCAGCUAGAAGCCGGCCAAAGACUCAGCUUCGUCUUCGACGAGAUCACCAAACGGGACGUGCAGUGCAGUUUCUACCCUGACCUGCCUGACGAGCUGCCCGUACGCGCGGGGGAGGAAGUAGCCGUCCUGGAAUGUUUUGACGAUGGGUGGAGUGUGGUACAGCGCUUACCAUCCCCUCCGGAUAGUCCUACCCAUGGCCAGGCGGGCCAAGGACAGCACGGGGGAGGGUGGGAACAAGGUGUAAUCCCUACUGCGUGCUGGGCGGGGUUGCCACGGGAGAAGGUGCAGCGUCCGAUGAGGUACUCGAGUUUGAGCCAUGGGGUGAGCGAGGGGUUGUUCGAGAUUGGGACUGCGUUGUGAAUGGACUGCGUUUUUUGACUUUGUGACUGACUGUUUAAUGAUUAUGAACUGA